UCAUAGGUACUUAUGAAACAUGUGAAAGGAGUGUUAGAUGAAAAUGAAAGGAAAUAAUUCUAAAUAAAUCAGACACUGAAGAGCUUUCUUGAACGUGGUUCCGUUCUUUCAAACAGGAUAUGAGUCCAUCAAAGUUUUGAUAAAUUGCGUGGUGCGUAGGAAAAAUGCAGUUUUGCACAGAGGGUCUUCUCACUGCUUUCUUACGCCUAUAUAAGUCCAAUCUAUUAUUUGGAAAUUUCCUGCCAGCACACUAACUGGAGAGAAAAAUUCUCUUUUAUUCAACUGAUAAGCAGAUUUUACUAUAUGAAUUGGAAUAAAGUUAAAAUAUGAUUUGAUAUUCAAAAUUGUAUUAAUUAAGCUUAUGUAAGAGGACAAGGUAAAGCUAUGGAGAAAGCAGAUAGUGUGGAGCAGCCUAUCAAUUUUUCAAAGGCAAUAAAAAGCGAAUUUAAUGAUAUUCAAAGUUCGGCAGCGGAAACUGGUAUAAAGAUAGAAAAGACAGAAAAGGAUUUGGAAGAAACUGUACAUACUACAAAAGAGGAACCCAAAUGCAAUGCAUCGUCAUCCUUGAAGUUUUCCAUAUCAAACAUCCUAGGAAUGGCAAACGAACAAACGAUAACGCAGACAAAAGUGACUGUUCCAAAUAGAUCAUCUCUGGCUAAUCUUGUUCCGCAGAAACUCCGACCCACCUCACAAACCAAGUGCGGUUCAAAAACGAAACGAAACCGCACCACAUUUACAACUAGACAGUUGCAAGAUCUGGAAAUCGCAUUCCGACGGACGCAUUAUCCUGACAUCUUUAUGAGAGAAAAACUGGCAGCCAAGGUACAUCUUCCCGAAUCUAGAAUACAGGUGUGGUUCCAAAACAGAAGAGCAAAAUGGCGCAAACGAGAGAAGCAAAACGCACACCUUGUGUACCCCCGUUACCCAUUUCCGUUUACGCAACAGUCGGCGUUCCAGUCUGAGAGAAGUAUGUUUCCGGGCCUAUCAACACCAAGCCUUUCAACACCACCAGCUAUAGCAACGGCCAGCAAAGCUUUCCCAAAGUUACCGUUAGCAGUUCUGCAGUCAAUGAUGGUGAUGAAUUUCGACCAAUCAAAAAGGCCAAUCUCUUCUUUGAAACAAUAAACCAAAUGGUUCACAGUUUUGACCAGUAAAAAUGUUAAUUCUUUCUUUGAACAACAAGACAAUAGCCCGCAGUUUCAACUAAUCAUAACCGUCAAGCUUUUAUUCGAAAAUAAAAAGAUGGUAAAUAUAUUUCCAGACACCAGAAUCAAGAACUCACUGCAGUCGGUGGAAUCCGGGUCGGUAUUACGAAGAAAAUUCUGCUUCUGUUUCGUAAAAAAAAUUAAAAAAUUAAAUAAAUUUAAAGCGAAAUAUAUUUGGCGGUUGUUUAGUAUUACACGAUUAGUUCUUAUACAAACUGUUGUACAUGUUUAAGAGCCACGUCAUUAAUGAUUAACAGAACAGAACAGAACAGAAAAGGAUUUUAUUAAAGACUUGUACAUGGUACAUCGUCAUGCAUAAAAAAGAAAACAAAUUAUUUUAAUAUAGUGUCGCGUUACCAUGAUUUUUAAUGAUGACUUUCAUUCCUGUGACAUACAGAAAAUACAUAGAUAUAAAAAAAACCCAAAAGGACUUAUUUCUUGCCAUUAAAAUGAUUACAUGAAAUAUUCAUUAAAGUGUGCCUUAUUUAUGACAUUGUGUACAUUUACGAUGAGUGAACUGCCACCACUGGUAAAAUGUUAUCAAAACAGCCCUGGCGAAGAUCAUGAUGGCAUUUUACCAGAAUUAUUUCUUUAUCAGUUUUUAAAGGUUUAUUAUAAUUAUAUCUUUUAUAUUUUAGUAUCUUUUAUCUUUUCUAAAUUUCCCAAGUGUAAUCAAGGUUAAAGUAAACAAUGAUGUUGCCGUGUGUGUCUCAUUUCUGUCAAACACAAAUUAUACUAAAACUAUCCCUGUUUUAUUUUCCAUAUGAACAAACCUAUCACUCAGUGCACUGCCUUUAUUCUCAGCAGUGUAUGGGUCAUAUCUUCUUCAAAGUCAAACUGGCCAGU